AUGGCUCAAGCUGAGAGAAGAGUCAGUCUUGGAGAGCUCAUCCGGCACGCAGGCAUCGCCCCGGCCAUUACCCGACAACCGUGCUUACCUGCUCCUUCUCACCCAAGUACUCUUUCAACCGACGCAGACCGUACGCAAGCUCGAGAGAUCCUAAUCAAGCGGCGGCAAAAGAACCCAGAGAGCAAAGAUGCCGUUUUGAAGCGUAUCUUCAAAGGUUCCAAGGAGAAGGAAAAAGCUCUGGACACCACCCAGUGGGAGUUCUCUCAGGACGAUUUGGAUCAGGCUUUGUCUGCCGUAAUUCGCAAUCCCGAUUCUAGUCCUGGACUUGUUCAGGCUUUCCUUAGCAUGGGUGCAAAAGUCAAUUUCAUCGAUGCGUCCGAAAAGAAAAGAACCAAGAGCAACACAGCCAAUGUCAGCCUUCGGCGUCGAAGCACAGUGUUACAACAGGCUGCGACUCUUCGCAGAGCAGAUGCUGUCAAUCUCCUGGCUAGCUCUGGUGCCGAUCAGACCACUCUAGACGAGGGGCUGAAGGCUGCUCUCACUGCACAGGAUCAGGUAUGCAUCGAAGAAUUGUUGCGGCACGGAGCGGAUCUGAAUAGAUUCCCCAACGCACUCGCCGGCGCCAUGCAAUCGAACGACACAAACUACGUUCAACUGCUACUGAAAGCGCCCAAAGCGCUUCGUCCUGAGGUCAUCGCAUCCUGCCUUCCUCUGGCAGUCCGGCAAAACUCCACUCAGAUUGCAUCUCUCCUCAUAGGCUACGGUGCUGACCCCAACUACGAUUCAGCCAAUGCCCUGAACACGGCGAUCGGUAAGGAAGAUUGGGAGAUGACUCUCACGCUGGUGUCUGGCCCGAGCACUCUCAGCCCGCAGAAUCUACAAAGACUGCUCGAUACCGUGAUGCGGUUGCGGACAUGCGCAGCAACUUUGCGCUUUUUACAGCUGCUGUUUUGCUGCGGUCUGCCUCCAGCCAGCAUUGGUCUCCCUGAUCUCUUGAUCUGUCGGGUACGAAAGAACGACACCGCCGGCUCGAAGAUGAUGAUCGAACAUGGCGUUCCCACUACAACAAAUGAAGCGGAGUGCCUGACACUGGCGAUAGAAAACGCGAAUUGGAUCCUGGUUGAUGCUAUCGUUGAUACCCCAAUCGACGCUCAACAUGCAUCGGCUGCGCUUGCUGCCCUGCCACAAGUUAUUCCUAUACCCGAUAGGUUGCAUAUGAUUCAACGCCUACUACACAAAGGUGCUGGAGGCCGUUCGCUUGAUCGGUGGCUCAACCUUGCAAUCAAAGAGCAUGAUGUGUCUCUGAUGGAGCUUCUUCUUAAGGCAGGAGCACAUGUUGACGCACAGGCUGUCUCUCUAGCUGUUACACAGGCUGACGAGUCGACAUUACUCCUGCUCUGUAGUCACAAGCCCACAACCGCCUCGACUUCAGAAUCCCUGCCCUUGGUGUUCGAUCCCCAGGGCCGAAGGCAUUCGAAGACACUGGCACUGUUAGACAUACUGCUCGCACAAGGUGUUGAGGACCUAUCUGCACUCCAGACGUUACAAAUCGCGAUUCAAGGUGGCCCGGAGAACACAGACAUUGUGCAGCGACUAGUCACAAUUGACUCACAACUUCUUGGUCCAGCUUUCGAAUACACUAUAGCACUUGAAGAUGCCGCCAAGAAGAUGCCACUCAUGGACACGCUGUUGAAGCUUGGCAUUCCUCAAGAAGCCCUUGACAAAGGGCUGACUGCCGAGACGAGACUUGCAGCAAAGAACAAAGACCUCAGCACCACCACAGUGCUCAUGAGGCGGGGAGCUUCUGUGAGUGGCGAUGCUUUGGGGAUUGCAGUAUCGUCUAGAAACCAAUCGCUAACGAACACCCUUCUUAGUGGGACGCGCCUGCCCUCACGAUCUGACUCUACGAGAGCUUUUCGUACACUAUUCCUCGAGCGAGCUUUACACGAUCAAACAGUCAGCACAGACAGCACUCUGGCCAUCGCUCAGCAGCUCCUGCAAUGCGGUGUUGAGCAGCCCGCUAUCGAUGCUGCUUUGCGAGCUACGCUUGACAUCACAAACGAUAUCUCGCGUAUGGGGGUUUUCCUCGACCUUCUGCUACGGCAUAAUGCAAAUGUGAAUAGUGCGGAUGGCGUCUGCUUUCUGCUUGCAGCUCAGAUGCACAAUCACUCCGUCUUCGAAAAGCUUUUACUUCAUCAACCCAAAUUUGGUUUUGUCAUCUCGGCGUUACUCAAUUCUAAAACUUCAGACCAAGCAGUGGUCACUCUAAUGAAGCUCUGUUUCAAGCAUGGGUGCAUGUCCGAGGGGAGAGACCUGGUCCCACUGGGAGACCGCAAGGUCUCAGUGCUCAUGCUGGCGAUGCAAAAUUAUCCUCGAAAUGCAAAGCUUCUCAAGCUAUUUCUCGAUCAGGGCUGGAACCCAGAAGUAACCAUUCGCGAUGUGAUUGAUCCAAAGAGUGGCGAAGAGACCAUUUCUGCUCUAUUGUGGAGUUUGCUACAACCUCAGAAACGUAUCUCGGAUCUUGUUGUACGCGAGCUUUUGGCUGCCGGCGCUUCCGUUACCCUAGCCUCUCCGGCAUCAGGCAUGACACCACUUUCAAUUGCCGCACGGGAAGGCCGGAAUGAUAUCGUUCAGGCGCUACUCGAGCGUGGAGCCGACCCCUCAGUCCGGGAUAGCUGGAAUCGAUCUGCACUAUUCUACGCUAGCAGUACUUCGGCUACAUCCACGACAGUCCAAAAAUUGGCAGCAAAGACCUUGAAGAACGAUGGCAGUCUUCAUGAGGCAUCACGCUGCUUACAGCUUGAUGCAGCAAAUAUCCUGAUAGAACAGGGCCAUAGUGUGAACUACCCGUCUCGUCUUCACCAAGGAAGAACACCCCUGGGCGAGCUGUGUCUUCAUGCAGAAGCAUCCAGUGGACAACAACGGUCUCGAGUGCGAAACUUGAUAAGACUCCUCCUCGAUAAUGGAGCAGAUCCGCUCUUCAGAGCUCGUAACGACAAAUCAGUUUUAAUACUCGCACUCGAUAAUGCCAACAGCUCUCUCCUCAUCACCGAAGCCCUUCUUGAGACCGAAGUCUGGGAGACCGUGAACAAUGAGAGGCACGUGUACGAAGCCUCUGGUCUCUCGUACUCACCCCUUUCGUAUGUGGAGCACAUCCCAGCGCCGCAUCGCACAUCUAGCAGAUCCGAAAUGAUCGAACUACUCCUCGACAAAGGCUGUCAGCCACGCUUCUACUCAUCCACCGCCGACCAGCCUUCUGGUGCCAUCGGCAUACCAGCUCCAAUCGCGCGUCUCGUCGAUCGGCAAAAAGAACACGCCCUCGCUCUGAAGCACGCAGAACACACACACGAACACACCCGUACGCUCGAAGAAACAACGCACCGCGACAUCCUUCGCCGCCAGCGCGAGCAGCAGGACGCCGAAUUCGCCUCGCAGACUGCCGCACAAGUGCACUGGCAGAAGCUUGAGCAGCAGAAACACGAUUUUGAGGUUCAGCGAGUGCAGGCCGCGGAGCGAAUGAAGAGGGCUGAGAAGGUGGCGUGGCACAAUCUGAUGAUGGAGCAAGAACGCGAUGCGGCAGCUACGCGGCAGAAGGCAGAGGAGAGGAAGGCUAGCGCGUCGUUAGCUCAUGAGACCAGAAUUGGAGAGCAGAGGAAAGGCGAGCUUGAGCAUAGAGCAGGUGUGGAGAGACGAAUGUUGAGGGAGAAAGAGGAGCUAUAUGAGAGGAAUGUUGCGAGGCAGAAGGAAGUGACAAAAAGGUUAGAUGAGAGUGCACAACUGCAUGCAAGAUUGAAGCAGGAAAGACCUGCGAUUGAGGGUUCAACACAAUGGGGAACGGUAGAUUGA